CUGGACACCAUCCUCCAAGCAGUUUCUCCCAGGACCCUCCAAUCUUAUGUGACAGCUUGGAGGUGUUUUAAAGCAUUCCACUUCUCAUACAACUUGCCAUUCCCUGAUUUUUCUCUCCUUUCAAUCACCUCAUUCAUCUCCUACCUUAACAGCAUUAAGGGCCUUCAAGUUGGAUCCAUCAAAGGUUACCUGAGCGGCAUCCAGUUUUUCCAUAAACUGAUGUACGGCGCUCCAUCUCCAGAGAUAAAUAAUUUACAAACCUCCCUUCUGGUCAAAGGAAUUCAACGAUCCCAUCCCACCCAUCCUGACACCAGACAACCCAUAACACUGGAUAUUCUCACAAAAUGUAUUCAUGCCCUCCGCACAGUCUACCAGCCUCUCGAGACAGCCCGCACACGCGAUGCUAUGUUUAUUCUAGCCUUUUUUGGCUUUCUUAGAUGCUCGGAACUCGCCAUCACUUCCAAAUUUGACCCAAGAGUCCACCCCACCAUCUCAGACUUAGCAGUACUGGAUAGUGAAACCAUCUCAUACUUGAUCAAGCAAAGCAAGACAGACCAAUCCAAAAAAGGCCAUUUCAUCUACAUCUUCAAACUCUCAUCGCCAAUCCAACCAUACCAAUCCAUUCAGGCAUAUCUUCAGUGGAGAAGCUCCCAGGCUAAAUCCCCUCUUGAUCCCCUAUUUAUAGAUGACUCCAACAAACCCGUGACACGCUUUUGGUUCCAGAAACAUCUCAAAUCCGUUCUUCAACAGUCAGGCAUCCAAGCAAAACAUUUCUCCAGUCACUCUUUCCGCAUCGGAGCAGCAACCUCAGCAGCCCAAAAAGGCCUCUCCCAGCAGCAGAUCCAAGCUCUCGGAAGAUGGUCCUCAGACGCUUUCCAAAGCUACAUACGGACCAACCGGUUCCACAUGAAAAAAGCCCACCAAACCCUCAUCGAAUAA